AUGUCUCUCGAUACAGAUGUUCUGAUCAUCGGUGCUGGAAUGUCCGGUAUCGGAUUUGCCAUUCAGCUGCAGAAGGACUUUCCCCAGGCUAGUUACGAGAUAAUUGAGAAAUCGAAUGGCUUGGGAGGAACAUGGUGGGCCAAUACCUAUCCCGGCUGCGGAUGUGAUGUCCCAUCUCAUGUGUACUCAUACUCAUUUGACCUCAAUCCAGACUGGAGUAUGAAGUAUGCUCUACAGCCGGAGAUCCUAACUUAUUUUAAGUCGGUUGUCGAAAAGCACCGCCUUGCACCGUAUAUCAGAUACAACUCGGUGGUUCAAAGUGCUGCGUUUGAAGAGAAAACGGGGACAUGGCAGGUUAAAGUAAAAGACCUCAGUACACAAAUCACCAGGCAUCGGCGGUGUAAGAUAUUGAUAUCUGCAGUUGGUGCUUUGUCUAUUCCAAAGGAGUGUGAUAUCAAAGGGUCUGAUAACUUCCGCGGGAAGCUGUUUCACUCUGCACAAUGGGACCAUCAAUUCAACUGGGCGGAUAAGGAUGUCGUCGUCAUCGGCAAUGGCUGUAGCGCUACACAGUUCGUGCCAAUCAUGACUGGUGGUGACAAUAAGGUCCGGAAACUCACUCAGUUUAUUCGUCAGCCACACUGGGUGAUUGAACGCCCAAAUAACCAGUAUAGUUCUCUCUUCAAAUGGACAAUGCGCUAUAUCCCAUUAGCAAUGUGGGUAUAUCGAGUAUGGCACUUUAGCUGGCUUGAGUAUUCAUUUCGUGAAUUCUACCUCGAAUACGGUCGCCCCCUUCGUGAAGACCAAACCAUCACUCACCUCCAAUAUUUAAAGCGAACAGCUCCACCAAAAUACCAUGAUGUCCUAACGCCAAAGAUCGAAUUUGGCUGUAAACGCAAGGUUAUGGAUACUGGGUAUUUUGACUGUUUGCACCGGGAAAAUAUGGAGUUGAUUGCCACAGACCCCAUUGAAGAAAUAACAGAAGUAGGUGUAGUAACAAAGUCCGGGAAGUCUAUCAAUGCAGAUGCCAUCGUUCUUGCAACGGGGUUUCAGACGCAACAAGUCCUUUACCCUUUGGAAAUCAGGGGUAAGAAAGGUAUCUCGCUGACAGAACAUUGGGAAGAUUUUUCAGACAGCACUCCACAGGCCUAUUAUGGCACCUGUGUAUCAGGGUUCCCCAACUUCUUUAUCAUGAUGGGUCCAAACACUGCAACAGGUCACCUGUCGGUGAUAUACACUUCUGAAUGCCAAAUAAACUUCGCGAUCCGUGCGAUUCGGCCCGUUAUGCAAUCCCUUUACCCGUCCCCACUCCAAGCCCUUAAUCCAUUUGGAGGCAAGUCAUACGAUACCGUUGCAGUCACUCCGAGAGCAGAACAGGAGGAUAAUUCGUGGGUUCAAUCUGCUCUUAAAGGGUUCGUGUGGGCAUCCGGUUGCAGUAAUUGGUAUGUUAAUGAAGAGACUGGGAAAAACACAAUGCUCUAUCCAGAUUGGCAGUUGAAGUACUGGUUGCGCAGUAUAUUUAUACCAUUCAAGUCCGAUUUCGAGUUCAGCUCCAGCGAGGUACAGGUAAUAGGUAAAAAUAACGGACAAAAGGGCAAGCCAUUCCAAACAUCUAUGCUGGUUGGGUCGGGCUUGGGUCUAGCGCUCGUUGCUACAUUCGCAGCCGGGAUACAGUAUGACACGAAAGUCAGGGAUCUAGGAUUCAAGGGAAGUCACCAUCUAGCUGCUUUUCUGAAAGACCUGAUAACGCAGCUUAUCUCGUCCAAGGAAUAA